AUGACGGAGGAAGAAAGGUCAAAUUCAGGGGAGGAAACUGAGAAACCCGUAUUAUACGGGGUGGAUGAUGUUCCGCCGGCCCAUCUGACUAUUUUGUUUGGCUUACAGCAAGCUGUGAUGUGUAUUGGAGGGUCGCUUUCCUUGCCGUAUAUCUUGGCGACCUUACUCUGUCCGAUGGAUGAACAUAACGUGCGCGCGCAACUUCUCAGUAUAGCCAUGUUCAUGUGUGGUGUAGCCACCGUACUGCAGUGUUUCUUUGGAGUGAGAUUACCCAUAAUUCAAGGCGGUUCACACACAUUUGUGGCUCCAGUUGUUGCAAUGAUGACAUUAGAAAGGUUCCGCUGUCCAGAAAAAGGAUUCGACAUAUCCCCCGGGAACGGGACAAACAUUGAUUGGACAGACAGAAUGCGGGAGAUACAAGGGAACUUGAUCCUGGCCUCCAUGACUCAAGUCUUUGUAGGGAGUUUCGGACUCAUCGGAGUAAUUUUACGAUUUGUAGGACCUCUAACCAUCGCUCCAACGGUGUCUCUGAUUGGUCUAUCUCUGUCACAUGUCGUCGCCAUGUUCUGUGAAACACAUUGGGGAAUUUCUAUGUUGACUUUGUUUUUCCUCCUGUUAUUUUCAACAUGUAUCAACAAAGUGGAAGUCCCAAUUCCUUCGUUUUCACUGCAGCGGAAGUGUCAUACAAAGAGACUUCCGGUAUUCCAACUCUUUCCUGUUGUGAUUUCUGUCGCCAUUGUUUGGUCCCUGAGUCACGUGCUCACUGUAACCGAUGUCUUUCCCAGCAACAGCACAGUCACGGGACAUAAAGCGAGGACGGACUCAAAAUUAGAAAUCAUGACAGACUCUCCUUGGUUCACAUUCCCUCUUCCAUUCCAGUUCGGUCGCCCCACAUUUAGCUUGGCAGGUUACAUGGGUAUGAUGGCAGCAACAAUUUCCUCCAUUAUUGAGUCUGUCGGUGAUUACUUUGCGGCCGCGCGAUUAUCUGGUGCUCCACUUCCGCCAGCGCAUGCCAUCAAUCGAGGCAUCACAUUUGAAGGCAUGUCUAGUAUAAUUUCUGGACUGGUUGGAGCAGGGCAUGCUACUACGUCAUACAGCGGGAAUAUUGGAAUUAUUGGAAUAACAAAGGUGGCCAGCAGGACAGUGUUCAUAGCUGCGGGUGUGAUCCUGAUUAUCUGUGGGUUGGUAGGGAAAGUGGGAGCAGCCCUUGCCCUCAUACCAGAACCCAUCAUCGGUGCAACUCUUGCUCUGAGUCUAGGAAUGGUAGCAUCCAUAGGAAUAUCAGUGCUGCAGUUCUGUGACAUGUCCUCCAGCAGAAACAUCACCAUUCUGGGAGUUUCGUUCUUGAUGGGUCUCAUGGUGCCAGAGUGGUUAGCUGAAAACUCCCAAAAAGUUAAAACAGGUUCGGAUGAAUUGGACCAGAUGAUCCGAGUUCUAUUUGGAACAGCUUCUUUUGUUGGAGGUUUCAUUGGGUUUGUUCUGGAUGCUAUUAUCCCAGGGUCAAAACAUGAAAGGGGUAUAGACAGAUGGGUGAAGAUGUCUGACCAGUCAACUUCGGAGCAUUCGACCCUAGUAAGCGGAGUGUAUGACUUACCGUUUGUUACCAAGUAUAUCAAACGCGUCCGAGCAUGCCAGUACUUUCCCAUCUCGCCAUCCUUCGUGAAUUGUGGCACUUCCUGUCUCAGGACUUCACAUGAGGAAACAGAUGGAUGCAAAUUGACUGAAGAAAAUGGAUUGCUUCCUUUACAAAAGGAAGUAUGAAGAAUUUGACACUUAUGUUUUACUUUGGAGGGGGCUGUAGGGACACAAUUUUUCACUAUGUAAACUUCUGCUACUGUGUAACACGAGCACUCCAGUUCGUCGACAUGUUCGAAAGCUUAAGGAAUUACCCUAAAAAUUAAAAGACUGCAUUCCCAAAGUGUCAGAGAAAAUAAAUCACAGAGAGAGAUUAAUCAUACUGAUGAGAUACCAUACUAAAUACAUGUAUAAGAAUUUGUAUAUUUUGUGAGAGAAAUUUUGUUGGAGAUGCGUUUCAUUUUGUGUUGAUAUGAACAUCAAAUAUUCAUUAUAGAAAAUAAUUUUUGCAUAUCAGAUAUAAUUGUAAUAUUUCAAGCAUCAUACAUGUAUCAUUAUCAGAUUAUAUGUACUCAACGAAUGUAGAAUUUUCUGUCAAAAUACCCGCUUUUUGUAAAGCAUUCAUCUGUAACUGGAAUUCUUUCUACAUCAAUAAAAUAAUUGAAAUUUAAAGCAAGAGUGAUAAUUAAAUCUUUAAAAAGAAGUAUGAAAUACCAGGUACAGUAUCUGAAGUCAUUGUGCACAGGAAUUAAGUAUGUAGACCAUGGGCCAGUAAAGGUAAGGAGGGAUCCCCAGGGGAUUUUCGCAAACAAGUAUUUUUUUUAAAGUACAUAGUCCCCUGA